AUGGCUUCCAUCCUCUCCCGCUCGCAGUUCGACCAGGCUUGCAAGGCCUACGUUGAGGCCUACCUGAAUGCACAUCCUUCUGACGUGAAACGCCAUCCUACCGGCUGGCUCUGGGAGGAACAUCCCUACAUCGCCAACCUUGGCUAUCUGUCGAGGACUGUCCACUUACCUUCAAGACCUGUUCAGUCCACCUCGCGCGAGGACGAAGACGAUCUUGUUGAGCUAAUAGCAGAAGAUGACGAUGCCACACUAAACACCAGGGACGACUUGCUGACAUGCAAGCAGUAUGUUGUACAUUCUGCUACAUUUGGGGUGCCCACACUAUACUUCACGCUGCACGACGCGAGCGGGUCCCCGUUGCCUCUGGAGGAGAUAAUGAAGUCUGCACUCUUCAGGCCUGGCUCUUUCCCUUCCGCCGAUGGAAACACAUUCGCCGUCACGUUCCCUGGAUCAUCUUUUGCGAUGCUCUCGCAAGGAGACCAUCCAACGCUCGGUACGCCAUCGUGGUACUUCCAUCCGUGUCACACAGCAGAGGUUGUUGGGGAGCUUAUGGCGGAGAUUGACGUCGGACGAGAUGAUUUACUGCGGUGGCUGGAGGCUUGGUUUAUGGUCAUGGGUAACAUAGUGGACUUCUUCGCAGGAAGCGGAGCAUAGUAUGACAAUGUAUAUUCUC